AUGACGUCCACAAUUGGCAUUCCCAUCAAGCUCCUCAACGAGGCACAGGGCCACAUCGUCACCCUCGAAAUCACAUCAGGUCAAACCUACCGCGGCAAGCUUCUCGAAGAUAGCAGCCCGCUAACAUCUCACCUCUCCUCAACAGCCGAAGACAACAUGAACGUCCAGCUCAAAGACAUCACCGUCACCGCCCGCGACGGCCGCGUCUCCCACCUCGACCAGGUCUACAUCCGCGGCUCCCACGUCCGCUUCUUCAUCGUCCCGGACAUGCUGCGCAACGCACCCAUGUUCCGCUCCCGCAACGUCCGUGGCCGCGGUGUCGGUAUGGCGCGUGGUCGCGCGACCGUGAGCAGGGCGAGGGCCAGCGGGCGCGGAGGACGCUAG